AUGCACUUAAACAUCAUUAACUUGGAGCUUCAAGGUAAAGGAAAAACUAUUAUUGAGAUGAUUAGCGCAGUAAACGCAUUCAUAAGUAAAUUGCAACUUAUGGUAGGUCAACUGAAAAGAAAGGAUCUGAAAGAUUUUCCGUCUUUGAAAGCAAUGAUUCCUCAGUUGAAUCAUGAUACGUAUGAGGCUAAAUUAUCAAAUAUUUUGGAACAAUUCGAAAUGCGUUUUUAUGAUUGCAGUAAAUUGGCAAAUAUAGCAUCAUUUAUGAGUUAUCCUUUUUCAUGUAAAAACCAUGAGGAAUUAGCUACAGAUUAUAUCAGAUAUACAUCUCAAAGCUACAGCAUCUGA